ACUUGCUAGUGUGCAUACAAAUGAUUUAAAAUCAAAACAACCUCGUUUGAUGUUUACACUUAUUGAUAUAUCAAACUGUUCUCAUUUUAUAAGCGACAAUGUAGAUAAAGCUGUCAUUGUUUACUUGUCUUUACUAAUUUUCUAUUUCGCAACAACAAUAAACGAGACAGAGGAUCACCUUGACGCACCGCCCGUCAUGAAGUAAAUGUCAACGUUUCAUAAAGAUAUGAUUCGGUGAUACUGCUACUGUCAGUUUUAGAGAAAGAAAGAUGGGAUGGUCUCAGCUGAAGAAGGAUAUUUUAAGGUUUUUGCCUUGGAACUGGAGAACCCUACGAAGAAAAUCAGAUAUUGACGAGAGUAAUGCUUCGAGAAUCAUCAACCGGGAAGGAAAGGUGAAAAUCGUUCUAGAUCAGCUUAGCUUCGGCAAACGACGUAGAUACUGGCGCAAUCCUCUGCCGAGUCUGCUCAGUCUGCAAUGGCGAUGGAUUAUGGUUAUUUUUGCCUUCGGGUUUAUUCUAACUUGGCUACUCUUUGCAAUAGUUUACUACAUGAUUGCGAAGUUACACGGUGACUUUGAACCAAACGACAACCCUGACUUCGAUCCCUGUAUGAACAGUGUCAACUCUUUUACAGCAGCGUUCUUAUUUUCAUUGGAAACACAGCACACCAUAGGUUAUGGAAGUCGAAAUCCUACUUCCGAAUGCAGUGAAGCGGUUGUGACAGUUUACGUUCAGUUUAUUAUAGGUGUAGCCGUACAGUGUGUGACAGCCGGACUUGUUGUUGCUAAGUUACAGUUAGGAAAACGUACUUCGAAAGCCAUAACGUUUAGCAAAAAGGCCAUUGUAGGAAAAUGUAACGAUAAUGUAUGUUUAAUGGUGAGAAUCGGAAACGCUGGAGUUUCUGAACUUGUAAAUGCAAGAGGGUUUGGGAUACUAAUGGAAAGGAAAAAAGUAUCGGCUGGAGAGGAAAUUCUCAAUGAAUCAUUUUUGACAUUUGUCUCGGAAAAUGGUAGUGAAAAUUUGAAUCUGCUAUGGCCAAUGGUCAUCCAUUGCCAGGUUUUAGAAAAUCAGGAGGAGUUUCUUAAAAAGAUACAAAGCCCACAAUGUGAGUUGAUAGUAAUAGUAGAAGGUAUUCUUGCUUCAACAGGUCAAACUAUGCAGCUGAGAAUGUCAUACCUGGCACAUGAGAUAGACAUCGGUCAACAGUUUGUGGAUAUAAGUCCGGUCUUGAUGAAAAACAAAACUGGAAAUAAGUAUCAUCAUCUUGUAGACUAUAAAGAUUUCGAUGUAACAGAAGUUGAUGAGCAAUGGGAUGAAAGUGUUUGGCUACACGAUUUUUAAGUGUGUAUAUGUUGCUGUUAGUAUCAUAUGCGGAUAAUUGAAACAGUAUAUGUUGCUAAAUUAUAACUGCUCGUGAUUUGCUAUUGCUUUCUGUAAUUUUCGAGUUCUCAUACCGAGGCUAUGACUUCUGUCAAGUAAUUUUGAAACAAACGAACUUAAGAAAAGUUGACUUUUGUCCUGUUUUCAUAACAACAAAAAUUACCUGGAAUAGCAGCGCUGACAACGACGAAGAUGAUUUUUUUUUCUAAUAUCAAUACUUCGUGAAAAUAUAAAAUGAGUAAAAACAACGAUCAUAAUGAGA